AUGACCGCAUCUUUCUGGCUCGCGCCCGGCCAGCCAGGCCAGCUACUGCCCAUUCCGAACGGCGGUGCAGCAGUGGGCGGUGCAGUAGUCGAGCAACGGUUGGCAGCAUUUGCUGGCAAUGCGGCUCCGCGUCACACGGAUUCUCUCCUGCCCGAGCCUGUCAACUAG